AAGCUUAGUGUGGAUUUCGUGGCGUUUGCUUCACUCACACACAAACGUUUGAGAGGGAACCAAAACAAAGUAGAGGACGCUUACUUUUUUAUCUGCAAUCAUCGACCUUACUAUCUUCCUCUCCUUUGUGAAUCAGGAUGUCCAUCGGCGUGCCCAUCAAGGUGCUGCAUGAGGCGGAGGGCCACAUUGUGACAGUGGAGACCAUGCUGGGAGAGGUGUACCGAGGCAAGCUGCUGGAGGCAGAAGACAACAUGAAUGUGCAGAUGGAAGCUUGCACAGUGACUUACCGCAAUGGCCAGACUGCCCGCCUUGAGAAUGUUUUCAUCCGAGGCUCAAAAAUUCGUUUCCUCAUCCUGCCAGACAUGCUGAAGAAUGCUCCAAUGUUCAAGAAUAUGACAGGAAGGAAAGGAGGUGCUGCUGGUAGUGGAAAAUCUGCAAUUCUCAGAGCACAAGCGGCACGUGGGCGAGGACGAGGUGGGAGAGGCGGCAGAGGGUGGGGGCCAGGCGGGCCUAUGCGACGUUAGGCACUUCCACUCUUGUCAUUUUCCCUCCCUCCUUCCCUGGACAUCCAUCCUUCUGUUUCAUCUACUCUGGUAACUUUCAUUGGUACAGUUGUUGCUACUUGCUUUAGUGUGGAGAGUUAUCUUUCAGUGAACCACAUGAGAAUCUUGUCAGGGAUGUUUCAAAAACUUUCCAGUACUGAAGCUCACCUAGAAUUUUUGUAUAAGGUUGAUUUAUACUUUGCAUUACUGUAGAUUCCAAAAGAAUACCAGUAGCUAAGUAGCUGUGGAGUACCUUCACAAAAACAUCAAAAGAAAGUCAUCAGAUAGGGUCAGUACCUGUGGUAGUUUGGAGACCCAGUCACUCCUUGUGUCAUCAGAAAGAUGUGGUAUUCUACAAUAUAAUGUUUAUGUACCUACCUAUUUCAUAAGAGACAUUUUAUGAUGAAUACAUUUUUUUCUGUAU